GUGUACAGCGUGCUUACCUUCACCCUCACCCUGCAGAGGUUCUCGCGAUGGAACAAGUGGGAGGACCGGGCGCGCCGGGCAGCCAUGGACGCAGCGGAGCUAUCCACGCUGAGCUAUCUGCAGAGCCGCUCCCCGCACCGCCCCAGCCGCCUCGCCCGCUUCUUCCGCGCAUGCUGCCCCUCCCUCUUCGCCUCCUCACGCCCCUCCCCUGCCAUGACCUACUUCACCGCCGAAUCGACCAUAGACUACGCUGCCCCUGCUGCUGCUGCAAGCUCCGCACCCGCACAGCUCCAACUGGCGCUGCCAGUGGCGCGGCCCUCCUCGCCGCCGCAGUCCCUGUCCGAAUCCGCCGCAUUUGAACCUGAC